ACUUCCAUAACGAUUUUACCAACAUUGCCACCUUACAUUAGCAAACACAAAAACACCAAACUACGCUGUUUUCUUUCACUUCAAUUCUUUCAAAUCCCAAUCCAAAACCAGACACAAUAUGUCAAAUUCCGAAGAAAACUCGUCGCCAAAGAUACAUGUUCAGACUCCGCCAGUGGCGCCUUCUGCGCCUAGUGAGAGCCAACGGACGUCGGCUACCGGCGGCGGUGGAAUAUCCGGAAUCCUGCGGCGGUGGCAGAGGGAGGACUUGAUGAAGAGAGGGUCAUUAGCACUGCGAGGGAUCGCUCUGUUUCUCUCUUUGAUUUCAUUCAUUGUCAUGGCCAGCAAUAAACACGGCGAUUGGAGAGAUUUCGAUAAAUAUGAAGAGUACAGGUACUUGCUAGCUAUAGCGAUUUUGUCUAGUUUGUACACUGGAGGCCAAGCGUUCCGUCAAAUUCAUGAACUUUCCACUGCAAAACAAUUGCUUAAGCCAAAAAUGGCAGCUAUCAUUGACUUUGCUGGUGAUCAGAUUGUUGCAUAUCUUUUGAUAUCAUCUGCUUCUUCAGCAAUUCCAUUGACAAAUAGAAUGAGGGAAGGCUCUGACAAUAUAUUUACAGAUGCUUCAGCUGCAGCCAUUAGCAUGUCUAUUUUUGCCUUUUUGUCUCUAGCAGCAUCAGCCCUUAUUUCUGGCUACAAACUAUCAACUCAACCUUAUAUCUGAAGGCGGAACUGUGCAAAACUCUCCCUAUUAUUGUUUCACACUUUCAUACUUCUAUACAAAUCACAUUUUUCUGUAAAGAUGAGAAAGGGACUCAGACCUCACCUCUUUGCCUCUGUUCACAUAUUAAACAGUGAGAUCUGAUAUUGAUUUAAUAUACCAAUACAUGUAAUGUUUAAUCUCUUUUGUAUUUGAAACUGUUUAUUGACCAGUUUGGCCAAAAAAGAAAAACCAAUGUGGGGAAUGCAUUAUUCUUGUCUGACAUGUGAGACACAGGCAAUAGAAGUCAGAACUGAAGUUCAUUUUGUUUCCAUAGCAAUAAAAGACUUGACUUGCUAAAAUGUUAGAUUUCAACUUUCAAAAUUUGGACACCAGUUUACUACAAAAUUAUCUGGCGUGUAAAUUUUCUGAACUGCCUCUUUUCUACUUAAAUAAGAAGUUACUAAACAUUUCAUUAUCAUCAAAAUUUGCAUCAAGGACUAUGUUUUGUU